AUGGAUGAUUGUUACCAUAGUUACUCGACAGCACCAGAUUUCCCGGCGACAUCGGAACAAUUGCAAUAUUCACCAACAAACCAAACACAAUGGAUGGGGACAGAAUUCGAGCAUGUCCAAAUUAACACUCAGAAUGACUACUUAAGUUACGACCAAAAUUGCCCAAGGCAGACCUGGGAUCGUCAAGUGCACCCUUCCCCGAUUGCUCUCCAAACUACUCAUUUAGAACGAACGCAUUACGAAUGUCCAUUUUUCGAUGACAGUGGGGUCGAGGUUGGAUACCGUAAAUCCAACGAGACAGAAUUGAACAUUCGUCACCUUGAUUCAAAUGGCUUUGAAGAUCAGUAUUUUUGCGAAACAAGGCAUGGUUCAAGCAGUCGUAAUGUAGGUGAAAAUAGUAUCCAUCCGAAACAAGAGAAUGCUGUCAGUUUGGGUAGAUGGGAAAAUGAGACACCGGGUCCUUGUAGUGUUUUAUGCUCGCGAACGGAAAUACAAACUGAAAAUUUUCAAGAACCUUACUAUUCUCCAGAAAUAUCAAAUAAUCCGAAUGAUAUGUUACAGACGCACAUUUCUGAGGCACCAACCGUCGACGAAGACGAAGGGGAAACACAGAACAAUGACUCGGUGAAAAACAUUGAGGUAGACGUUGACUACAUGCUAAGUAAUGGUGUAACAGUGGCUGGAUUCAAACCAAGACCAAUUAUCAGAAAGAAGAAAAAACGAGCCGUGAUACAGAAUGAAAAAGACAUGAACUAUUGGAAUCGACGAAGUAAAAAUAACGACUCGGCUCGGCGUUCGAGAGAAACUAAAAAAGAAAAAGAAAGAUUAUUUUAUAAACAGGCGUUACAAUACGAAUACGAAAACUACUUCCUUAAAGAACGAAUUCUUCAACUCGAAACUCAACUCGGAAUAAUUUCGACUCAGAAUGUUCGGGACAAUCAACAAAAUAUUUCACAAUUUUGA